GGGACGGAAUCAAUUCCCACCGCUUUUUUUGUCUGUCUCAUGCUGCCUUUGCUUCCCUCCUCUCUGCUUUUGCUUUUGCAUCUCCGUCUGUCUCAGGCGGGCCCUCCAACAGAUGAGCGGACAUCACUUUUUUUUUGCUUCUUAUUCUCGAGGCCUCUGCACUGCAUCCCCCCAUUGCUGGCCAACAACUGCUGCUGCAGGCAACCCCUCUCCCUCUUCGUCUGCUUCCUCCUGCGUGUUACUAUGGAUGAAGUUGGGUCAUUUCCUCCAGGGAAAAAGAUUGCCGUUGUGUUUGUCAUAGGUGGCCCUGGCAGUGGCAAGGGCACUCAGUGUUCUAUGAUUGUCAAACAGUUUGGCUUCACCCAUCUAAGCGCUGGAGAUCUUCUGCGUGAGGAAGCUAAAUCUGAUACUGAACAAGGUACGAUGAUAAAGAAUCUGAUGCGUGAAGGAAAGCUUGUGCCGUCCGAGCUCAUUGUCAAGCUUCUGUUAAAGGCAAUGCUUCAAAGUGGGAAUGACAAGUUCCUUGUUGACGGAUUUCCUCGAAACGAAGAGAACCGCCAAGCAUAUGAGAGUAUUAUUAAAAUUGAACCUGAUUUCGUACUAUUUAUUGAUUGCCCAAAAGAAGAGUUGGAGCGGCGCAUUCUAAACCGAAAUCAGGGAAGAGAUGAUGAUAACAUUGACACUAUCAGGAGGCGGUUUGAAGUUUUCCAGGAAUCAACUCUACCUGUUGUGCAGUACUAUGAGAAAAGGAGGAAGCUCAGAAGGGUUGACGGUGCUAAAUCUGCUGAUGCAGUUUUCAAAGAUGUGAAGGCCAUAUUCACUCAACUGAACACUCAGGCCUCCGCCACUGCAUCCCCUCAUUCCCGGCCAACAACUGCUGCAGCAGGCAACCCCUCUCCCUCUUCGCCUGCUUCCUCCUGCGUGCUACUAUGAAUUUUGAUGGGGAACGGGGCGCGGUACAUGGUGUUGGUACGAUCAACCUGAGGUUUACUUUGGGAAAGGUUGUGCGGCAUUCCCCUCGAUCAAUAAAAACAUCGUCAGCGGUUUCUUGCUGUGUCAUGAUGGAUUUGAGUUGGUUUUCGAGUCUAAUAAAUUAGUCGUGUCUAGAUUUGAACAAUUUAUUAGUAAAGGUUAUGAUAGCGGAGGCUUGUUCCGCUUAUCCCUUUCGGAUUUUUUGUAAUUCAGUUGUGAACCAGGUUAACCGUUUGAGUAAUGAUGACGAGGUUAAUGUUUGGCACUCA